AACUAUAAGUUGUCCGCGUUUAUGUUUUGAUUUUGCGUGUCCUAAUACAAGUCACUUUUUAGACUUUAGAAGAUAUGCAUUUUAGAGAAAGAGAGACAAGUGUUUUUUUUGUUGUUGGGACUUAUUUUUCGAUUAAGACAUUGUUUUUAGACUGAUAUUUUGUGACUUUUUAGUCUUCAAGCAUAGUUAGUGGGUGACCAUAACAGAAAUUAACUGUAUUUUGUAAUAAACAAAGAAAGUCUUCUCUUAUUUCUUGUGUUUGGUUCAUUGAAUGCUUUCAUUUUUCUUUCUUUCUCUUUAAGCACAACAAAAUAAUGUUUGGUUCAUUGAAUGACUUCUUCUUUCUCUUUCAGCACCAACAAAAUAAAGCUUUUCAUUUAAUACUUUUUGACGGCAUAAGGCUUUUCAUCUUAGAGGCAUGUUCCAUGUUUUAAUCACUGAGUUUUGCCGAUUAUUUAUGAUCUUGUGUUGGUUACCAAAAAUAAGGGGCCCCUCUGGUCUUUAUCUCAAAAGUAUUCUGUUUCAGGGAGGGAAACGAGGUUGCUCUGGUUACACACUGAGAUCAAAACCAAUGGUGAUCAUCAUAUAGUAGCACUUGCUGAAGAAGAUGGAAAAGGCACACAUGUCUGUGGACCGAGAAGAGAAGAUACUGGUUCUGGUGAGAUUGAGGCCUCUAAACAAGAAAGAGAUUGCAGCUAACGAAGCUACGGACUGGGAAUGUAUCAAUGAUACCACCAUUAUGUACAGAAACACCUUGCGCCAAGGCUCAAAUAUUCCAACUACAUAUUCAUUUGACAGAGUAUACGGAGGUGAAUGUCCCACCAGGCGAGUUUACGAGGAUGGAACCAAGGAAAUCGCACUAUCGGUUGUCAAAGGAAUCAACUGUAGUAUUUUCGCAUACGGCCAGACGAGUAGUGGAAAGACAUACACCAUGACUGGUAUUACUGAGCUUGCUGUGGCUGACAUUUUCGACUAUAUCUUUCAGCAUGAAGAAAGGGCCUUUUCAGUGAAACUUUCAGCUAUAGAGAUCUACAAUGAGACCAUACGUGAUCUGCUUAACUCGGAUGGCACAUCUCUGAGGCUACGUGACGAUCCUGAAAAAGGGACGGUGGUUGAAAAGGCUACAGAGGAAACUCUGCGAGACUAUAAUCAUCUGAAGGAGCUUCUUUCGAUAUGUCAAGCACAGCGUAAGAUUGGCGAAACUUGGUUGAAUGAGAGAAGUUCAAGAUCUCAUCAAAUUAUCAAACUGACAGUUGAAAGCUGUGUACGUGAGUUGUUAGGCAAAGAAAACUCCACCACCCUUAUGGCUAGUGUGAGUUUCAUAGAUCUGGCGGGAAGCGAGCGUGCAUCACAAACGAUGUCAGGUGGGGGUGCAAGACUCAAGGAAGGCUGCCAUAUCAACCGAAGUCUGCUUGCUCUUGGCACAGUGAUCCGUAAACUUAGUAAGGGAAGACAAGGAGGGCACAUCAACUUUAGAGACUCCAAGCUCACACGAAUACUACAGCCAUGCUUGGGGGGUACUGCUAGAACAGCCAUCGUCUGCACUCUAAGCCCCGCAAGGAGUCAUGUAGAGCUGACCAAGAACACUCUCUCGUUUGCCUCCUGUGCUAAGGAAGUUACCACAAAGGCGCGCGUCAAUGUUGUCAUGUCAGACAAGGCUCUUCUGAAGCAACUACAAUGUGAGCUUACGAGGCUCCAGACCGAGCUGAGAAACGCUGCCUCUAACUGUGAUUGCGCAGCGACGGCCAGGAAGAAAGAUGUUCUGAUACAAAAGAUGGAAAAGCAGAUUGAAGAGUUGAGAAAAGAGAGGGAUCUUGCUCACUCCCGUCUUGAGGCCUCAAAGGUAUAUAUUACUACUACUGGCUCUUUCCCAAUUACAUUUCUAUAUCGUUUCUGCUAAACCUCAUGUUUCUGUUGUUACACUGUUGAAGUUGGAGGAUGGUUCAGUCUCAGGCAUGGUCGAUUUAGACAGGAGAGGGCAGGAUGAUGAUCUCAAUGAAGAUCUGCCUACGCGUUCAGAAGAUCCAUCAGAUGGAUAUUACAGAGAAGUUCAAUGCAUUGAGAUUGAGGAAUCAGCCAAUAGCAACCUCAAAGAGGAAAGAGCAGAAAAACCUUC